UAGUCAUGUCUGGACGAGGAAAGGGCGGCAAAGGCUUAGGCAAGGGUGGCGCCAAGCGCCACCGCAAAGUCUUGAGAGAUAACAUCCAAGGCAUCACUAAGCCGGCCAUUCGGCGCCUUGCUCGGCGUGGGGGAGUCAAGCGCAUUUCCGGCCUCAUUUACGAGGAGACCCGAGGCGUGUUGAAGGUGUUUCUGGAGAAUGUUAUUCGGGACGCAGUCACCUACACGGAGCACGCCAAGCGCAAGACGGUCACUGCCAUGGACGUGGUCUACGCGCUAAAGCGGCAGGGACGCACCCUGUACGGCUUCGGAGGUUGAGCUGCUGCCCCUGUGCUCUGUGACAAUCUCAAAGGCCCUUUUUAGGGCCAACCACACGGUCAUCUGAAGAGCUGGAUACUUAAAAGUAUGGGUAACUUUGUAUCUGGCUAGAGUGGGGUCAGAAGUAGUGAAUCCUGAAAGUGUCAACAGCUCAGAAGACAAGUCAUUUACCAAAAGCUGCUCUUCACUUGUCUGCUUGCUUUUGGGCUCGCUAUCAAUUGUAGUCGUUGGACCAGGCUGUGGAAAGUAGUUUGUGUGGGCUUCACUUCCCAGCUCUAGGGAUCAUACUGGGUGGUGGUAAUUGCCAUUACAAUCUUCUCACCUGGGAAGGUGCAAGAGCACUAGCAAAGAAAUAAAUCCAGUAACCGACCAUUCAAAUAUGAAGCAAAUAAGGGGUUGUU